AUGACACGAGCAACAUGUUCUAAACCGGAUCAAGUCCUAGCACAGGAUGGAAUCAGUUUAGCGGAUCAGGAAAUCAAGCUGCUGCUUCAUGAAGCUGAAGAUAGGCUGCAAGGUUGCAAUGUCAGCAAUCCGGAAAUACCUAACUUCAACCAGGUUCCAGGUACUAUUUCUGAGCAUAGGCUAAUGCUUGCCAGGAUCCCGAAAAUAUCACACAACACUGCUAUAGAGCCGUAUUUUCAUCAAAGGGAUGAUGUAGCGCUAGUUGAUACGGCCAGGUUGUUCUCCCAUAAAAGCAGUAACACUUCCGGAGCCAAACAGAUAAGCGGAGAGCCGCUUAAGUCGACAAAUUCGAGGAAGAUGAAACCCACAGCAGGUGGCGAUUGGUUUGACCUGCCCAAAACUGAAUUGACGGCGGAAUUAAGACGAGAUCUACAACUUCUUCGGAUGCGCUCAGUUCUAGAUCCUAAAAGACAUUACAAGAAGGAGAGCGGCAAAGCACAUCCUCCCCCUUACUCUCAAAUCGGAACAGUCAUUGAAGGACCUACUGAAUUCUUUAGCGGUCGCAUCGUCAAGAAAGACCGUAAGAAGACAUUCGUUGAUGAAGCAUUGGCACUAGAAAGGGAGACCAAACGCUUCGAGACAAAGUACAGGGACAUUCAGACUACAAAACAAAGUGGUAAAAAGUCGUUCUACAAAAGCUUACGCUCCAAAAGAAACACCAGAGGCAAGUAG